AGCACCGCGACCCGUCGGACGCGCAGAGACUUUUAUGGGCUGCCACGGUGACGUCACGCCGCAGACUUCACCGCGAAGAUGGCGGAGGCCGCGGACGCGCCACAACACCGGUUUUUCUGUCACUGCUGUAAAUGUGAAACGAGCCCUAAACUCCCGGAUUUUGUUUGUCCCACAUGUGAUUCUGGCUUCAUUGAGGAGGUGUCGGAAGACUCCAGUCUCCUGACAGAAAGCACAUCAUUGGCCGCUCAAGAUUCAAACCUGUUGUUAUCCGAAUUAUGGCAGCUGCUGUUUAUGGAGCGCUCCGCUCUGCUGUCACAUCCACCCUCCUCCGAGUCCGACCCAGUUGACGGCGAGCAUGUAGCUGCAGAUCAGAGCCACGCUACAGUGUCACCAGGUACUUCGGAGGCAAGAGAAGAGUCUCCAGAGUCUGAACAAGAGAGGCUGUCCAGACUUAACGAAACGCCUGGAGUGGAAGGGAUUGUGCAGCAGUUCUUGGCUGGCCUGUUUUCCAGCAAUGCAAAUCCUGGUGCUGCACCAGCUGCACUAUCCAGCAUGCUACACUUGCACUCAAACCCCGGAGACUAUGCUUGGGGUCAGGGAGGUCUGGAUGCUGUCAUCACUGAGUUGUUAGGACAGUUGGAGAGCACAGGUCCACCUCCUGCAGAAAAAGACACGAUCUCAUCCCUCCCAACAGUGUGCAUCUCCCAGGAACAGACAGACUGCAGAAUGGAGUGUCCAGUUUGUAGGGAGGAGUACUCAUUAGGGGAAUCUGUCAGGAAGCUUCCCUGCCUCCAUUACUUUCACAGUGAAUGUAUAGUGCCUUGGCUGGAGCUGCACGAUACAUGCCCUGUCUGCCGUAAAAGCCUGGAUGGUGUCGACAACAGCCUCCCGCCCACAUCAGCACCCCCGGAAGCUCGAUCCAUCAGGACAGAGCAACAGGAGAGGCACAUCCUCUGAGACCCUGGACGACAAACUACCUCCUUCACUGUUUUCGACUCAGACGUUGUUUUCCGCUGCACCGACUGCUUAUUGAAGAGUUUAUUUUUAUUUUCGGAAUGAGUGACUCUGAUGUCAUGAACUAAUUACCACUGAGCUGCCAGUGGCUGUCAAAAUGAUGGGAAUCCACAGUUUUGAAAUUAUGAUGAUUAAGGCUUUUGGUACGACAGUUUCUUAAUUCAGACCUUUUCCACCAUACGUCAUUUAACCUUUGUUUGACCUUUAUGAGUCUGUUAUUAAAGCCUUGACUUGUGUCCUCUA